AUGGAUGAGCCUCCGUCCAAACGGCAGGCCAUUGCCGGGGCUGAUGACCGUCCCCGAGCCAGCCCCAAAUCACUUACACGGGACAUCAGCCCGCCCAUGAGACGAUCUGCAAUGCCGCAGCCACAUCAGAAGCAGCCACAUCAGAAGCAGCCACGCAAGGUCAUUGCAUCCCCCUUUCGCCUGACGAAAAUACGUGAUCUACCAACAGCGUCAAACGUGGAUGCCAUCAGCCUUCACGAUCUUCUCGGUGAUCCACUAAUCGCAGAAUGCUGGGAGUUCAACUUCCUCCAUGAUGUUGACUUUCUCAUGGGCCACUUUGACCAGGAUGUAAGAUCUCUGGUCAAGGUCCAUCUCGUUCAUGGAUUCUGGAAACGAGAGGAUCAAAACAGAAUUAUGCUCGAGCAACAAGCUUCACAGCAUCAAAAUGUGGCUCUCCAUGCUGCCUACAUGCCCGAGAUGUUUGGGACCCAUCACUCAAAGAUGAUGAUCCUUCUUCGGCACGACAGCAAAGCCCAAGUCAUUAUUCACACGGCCAAUAUGAUUGCAAAGGAUUGGACAAAUAUGACCAACGGAGUGUGGCAAUCACCUCUCUUACCUCUCCUCAACAGGCCUGACUCUGGUGAAUCAAACGGGCCCGCAGGCAGCGGAAAGAAAUUCAAGGCGGAUCUUCUCAACUAUUUGAGUGCAUAUAACACAAAGCGAGAUGUUUGCAAAAGCCUGGUCAAGGAACUGGCCAGAUAUGAUUUCUCAGAAGUGCGAGGCAGUCUCGUUGCAAGUGUACCGGGGCGACAUCCUCUCGAAAGUGGUUCUAGUACACGAUGGGGCUGGGCUGCUUUGAAGUAUGCUUUGCGCGAUGCCCCUAUUUACCAAGGGAAAUCGGAUGUGGUUGCCCAGGUAUCCUCAAUUGCAACGCUGGGUGGGACAGAUGCCUGGCUUCAAAAGACACUCUUCGAAUCGAUGUCCUCAACCGGAAAAUCAAACACCAUACCCAGGUUCAAGGUGGUCUUCCCGACUGCCGACGAGAUUCGUCGUUCGCUUGAUGGGUACGCUUCUGGUGGUUCGAUACAUACCAAAAUCCAAUCUGCACAGCAACAAAAGCAACUCGAAUACUUGCGACCCAUGUUCUGCCACUGGGCAAAUGACACGGAAGCUGGUAUAUCAUCAGGUGGGGUGUCCUCAAGUCUUGGCGAACAUGAUGCUGGUCGACAGCGCGCAGCACCUCACAUCAAGACCUAUAUCAGAUACAACAGCCAGAGUUCUGUUGAUUGGGCCUUGCUUACCUCGGCCAAUAUUUCCAAACAGGCCUGGGGAGAAGCUGUCAAUGCUGCCAAGGAAGUCCGGAUUGCGAGCUGGGAGAUUGGCGUUCUGGUGUGGCCUGAUUUGCUCGCGGAUGGCAAAGGUGCAAGAAUGGUGGGAACUUUCAAGACAGACACGCCAGAUCGAAAUGAGCACGAGGACAAAUUCAAAGGCGAAGAUGAUGGCACUUUGAUUGGCCUGCGUAUUCCGUACAAUCUGCCGCUGCAAAAGUAUGGCCCUGGCGAAGAGCCUUGGGUAGCCACAGCAGAUUACCAAGAGCCAGACUGGAUGGGCAAGACUUGGUAG